ACCUCUAGUGUCUCUAAUACAGUAACCUCUAGUAUCUCUAAUACAGUAAACUCUAGUGUCUCUAAUACAGUAACCUCUGUCUUCCUUUAUUUGAUUGGGAUGUUUCUGUGUGUCUUCAGGUGGUUUCUCAGCGUUUUCCCAGCUGUUUCCAGGUCUGUGUGAAGGUAAGGCUCUUUUGGCCGCGUCCUGCCUGGUCCCCACCUGCCUCUCUCAGCCCUGCCUGCCCCUCAACACCUCUGGGCCAACACGUAUCCUGCCUCACCUUUACCUGGGCUGUCAGAGAGACGUACUCAACAUGGAAGUGAUGCAGCAGAAUGAGAUAGCGUACGUCCUGAAUGCCAGUAACACAUGUCCCAAACCAGACUACAUCGCUGAGUCUCACUUCCUGCGAGUUCCUGUCAACGACAGCUUCUGUGAGAAGAUCCUCCCCUGGUUGGACAGAUCUGUAGAGUUCAUAGAGAAGGCCAAAGCCUCCGACGCCUGUGUGCUGGUCCACUGUCUGGCUGGUAUCUCCCGCUCGGCAACCAUCGCUAUCGCUUACAUCAUGACGAGGAUGGACAUGUCACUAGACGAAGCUUACAGGUUCGUGAAGGAGAAGAGGCCCACCAUCUCUCCUAACUUCAACUUCCUGGGUCAGCUGCUGGACUUUGAGAAGAAGAUCAAGACUCCUGGAAGGUCGGAGAUCAGAGAGACCAUCGGGGUCAAACCCUGUCCCCUCCUCCACCCCCCACUAGAGCAGGACCCCCCUAACCCUACCCCCAGCCUCCCAGACCCUGCCCUGGCCCUGCUGGAGCCCCUGACCCUGCCGUGUGUCCUGACCCCCUGGCCUCCAGAGGAGAGGCUCCUGGCCCAGGCUCUCCAGGGGCUCCAGCUGGACCAGGGGACGGAGGACAGCGCUGCCCGGCUGAAAAGGUCCUUCUCUCUGGACAUCAAGUCGUACGGGGAGACAGGAGGCAGCAGCAGCGCCCCCGUGAGGCCGUACCCCCACCCUAGAGCCGGAGCCCAGGAGUAUUAUAAUCCCGGAGCCCAGGAGUAUUAUAAUCCAUCCGGGAGCUUCAAGGAGCCUGCUGGGAAACCGUGUCAGUUCUCUCCCGUGAAGGAGAUGUCAGAGCAGUCUACACCCGAGCCGAGCCCUGACAAGGAGCAGGACGACGGUGCCGCAGACCCUGCUGCUACGUCUGCUGCUCCUGUAGUCUCCACCACAAGCAGCACCACUACCAGUACGACCACCUCCAACCAGCCCAGCAUGAAGCAGCCCAGCCAGGCUCCGCCUCCUCCGCCGCCCCUCUCCUGUUCCCAGCCGUUCCACCGUAGCGGCAGUAUGGAGGAGAGCUCUAACCCCGCCCCUAACCACACUCCUCACACCACCGGCUUCCUGUUCGGCCUAUCACGUUCCCAGCAGCACCUGUCCAAGCCCGCCCCUAACCUAGGCUCCGCCCUGAAGGGCUGGCACUCUGACAUCCUAUUGGGUCCCGUCACUGUGUCGUCGGGGGGAUGGUACCUCUCCGAGUCGCACCGCUUCUACUCCACCUCCGCCAUCUUAGGAGGCGGGGCCAACAUUCUAGGGGGUGGCAGCGUAGCGGCGUACAGCGUGAGUCAGGGGUUGGAGGAGGUGCGGCGGCGCGGGCGGCAGAGGAACGGCGACCGCGGGGACUCGCGGAGGAGCUGGCACGAGGAGAGCACCUUGGAGAAACAGCUGAAGAGAUGGAGCUGUCAGAUGGAACUGGGAGACAGGAUGAGAGGAGGAAGGGAGACGAGAUCCAGGGAAGAGAUGGGGAGUCACAGCAGCUUCUCAGGAAGCAUGGAGCUCAUAGAGGUGUCCUGAGAGGGACAAUAUGGCCUCCAGUCCGCACCAUUACGGAAUCGUUGAUUUGAAUGGAGACGUCCGUUCUAGGGAGUAUAACAUCCCCAGAUCAGACCCAUGUUGAGGGGAAAGACUUGUUCUGCACCCGUCUUAUUAUCCCACUAGGGACUUGAACCUUGAACUGAUCUAAGCGGCUCUAUGUGUACUUGUGUCGCGACAGUUGGCAUUAAUGUAGUUUGAACUUUGACCUGGAAGCAGAAAGCAGCUGUGUGAUGAUGAUGAAUGUAAUGAAGAGGUGAACUCUGAGAGGACUGAGACAAACUGAGUCUUUUGUUUCAUUUAUUUCUGAUUGUUGAUGAUCGUCGUCAACAGCAGUAGAUGUCUGCCUGGCGUUGGAUACAUGGAGCUUUUAUGAAGCCUUAUGAAGUCUUUAUGAAGCGUUAUGAAGUCUUUAUGAAGCCUUAUGAAGUCUUUAUGAAGCCUUAUGAAGUCUUUAUGAGCCUUAAGAAGUCUUUAUGAAGCCUUAAGAAGUCUUUAUGAGCCUUAUGAAGUCUUUAUGAAGCGUUAUGAAGUCUUUAUGAAGCCUUAUGAAGUCUUUAUGAGCCUUAUGAAGUCUUUAUGAAGCGUUAUGAAGUCUUUAUGAGCCUUAUGAAGUCUUUAUGAAGCCUUAAGAAGUCUUUAUGAGCCUUAUGAAGUCUUUAUGAAGCCUUAUGAAGUCUUUAUGAGCCUUAAGAAUUCUUUAUGAAGCCUUAAGAAUUCUUUAUGAAGCCUUAUGAAGUCUUUAUGAAGCCUUAUGAAGUCUUUAUGAAGCAUUAUGAAGUCUUUAUGAAGCAUUAUGAAGUCUUUAUGAAGCCUUAAGACGUCUUUAUGAAGCCUUAAGAAGUCUUUAUGAAGCCUUAAGAAGUCUUUAUGAAGCCUUAAGAAGUCUUUAUGAAGCCUUAAGAAGUCUUUAUGAAGCGUUAUGAAGUCUUUAUGAAGCCUUAAGAAGUCUUUAUGAAGCGUUAUGAAGUCUUUAUGAAGCCUUAUGAAGUCUUUAUGAGCCUUAAGAAGUCUUUAUGAAGCCUUUAUGAAGCCUUAAGAAGUCUUUAUGAAGCGUUAUGAAGAACGAGACCAGAGAUCCUUGAUAUCCCUGUGUCAAAUCAUCCAAUACCUCACACAUCCAAAUUAGAGGCUUCUCCUGUUCCUCUGUCUUCUUCUGAUUGACAAUUCAAAUCUCAGGUCUUAUUUGAGCAGCAAGAAAAGAUGCUUGAACAACCGAACAGUUCCCGAACAGUUCCCGAACAGCUCCAGAACAGCUCCCGAACAGUUCCCGAACAGUUCCGAACAGUUCCCGAACAGUUCCCGAACAGCUCCCGAACAGUUCCCGAACAGCUCCCGAACAGUUCCCGAACAGCUCCCGAACAGUUCCCGAACAGCUCCCGAACAGCUCCCGAACAGCUCCCGAACAGCUCCCGAACAGCUCCCGAACAGCUCCCGAACAGUUCCCGAACAGCUCAGUUGGUAGAGCAUGGCGCUUGUACCCAAGGGUUGUAGGUUCGAUUCCCAGGGCCACCCAGACGUAAAAUGUAUGCACGCAUGACUGUAAAUCACUUUGGAUUAAAGCGCUAAACAUUAUAUAUUAUUAACGAACGGUGUGGUUGUGGGUUUUGUCUGAUAUGGUGUGGUAAAGGAAUUAUGUAAUGAUUGAUACCUGUGGUAAAGGAAUGAUGUAAUGACUGAUACCUGUGGUAAAGGAAUGAUGUAAUGACUGAUACCUGUGGUAAAGGAAUGAUGUAAUGACUGAUACCUGUGGUAAAGGAAUGAUGUAAUGAUUGAUACCUGUGGUAAAGGAAUGAUGUAAUGACUGAUACCUGUGGUAAAGGAAUGAUGUAAUGACUGAUACCUGUGGUAAAGGAAUGAUGUAAUGAUUGAUACCUGUGGUAAAGGAAUGAUGUAAUGACUGAUACCUGUGGUAAAGGAAUGAUGUAAUGAUUGAUACCUGUGGUAAAGGAAUGAUGUAAUGACUGAUACCUGUGGUAAAGGAAUGAUGUAAUGAUUGAAACCUGUGGUAAAGGAAUGAUGUAAUGAUUGAUACCUGUGGUAAAGGAAUGAUGUAAUGAUUGAUACCUGUGGUAAAGGAAUGAUGUAAUGACUGAUACCUGUGGUAAAGGAAUGAUGUAAUGAUUGAAACCUGUGGUAAAGGAAUGAUGUAAUGACUGAUACCUGUGGUAAAGGAAUGAUGUAAUGAUUGAUACCUGUGGUAAAGGAAUGAUGUAAUGACUGAUACCUGUGGUAAAGGAAUGAUGUAAUGACUGAUACCUGUGGUAAAGGAAUGAUGUAAUGACUGAUACCUGUGGUAAAGGAAUGAUGUAAUGAUUGAUACCUGUGGUAAAGGCUUUGAAUAAGUUCUACCACUUCAGCUGACCUGAGACCAGUGGUCCCAUCACAGACAUGAACCCUGACCUGAGACCAGUGGUCCCAUCCCAGACCUGAGACCAGUGGUCCCAUCCCAGACCUGAGACCAGUGGUCCUGAACCCAGACCUGAACCCUGACCUGAGACCAGUGGUCCUGAACCCUGACCUGAGACCAGUGGUCCUGACCCAGACCCGAACCCUGACCUGAGACCAGUGGUCCCAUCCCAGACCUGAGACCAGUGGUCCUGACCCAGACCUGAGACCAGUGGUCCUGAACUCUGACCUGAGACCAGUGGUCCUGACCCAGACCUGAACCCUGACCUGAGACCAGUGGUCCUGACCCAGACCUGAGACCAGUGGUCCCAUCCCAGACCUGAGCCCUGACCUGAGGCGUCUGUUCAGCUACCUCAGUGUGUGGACGUGUGUGAGAGAUGGUAGGUCUGUUAUGGGGUUGUGUUGCUGUGUCAGAAUAUAGCUAGUUUUACAACAGACAAUGUGGACUAAAGUCAGGGAUGGGACCACUGGUCUCAGGUCAGGGGUCAGGUCUGGGUCAGGACCACUGGUCUCAGGUCAGGGGUCAGGUCUGGGAUGGGUGUGUGGACGUGUGUGAGAGAUAUUAGGUCUGUUAUGGGUUUGUUGUUGCUGUGCCAGAAUAUAGCUCGUUUUACAACAGACAAUGUGGACAUUUGGAUGAAGCUGAUGAGCAGUAGAUGUAUGUUGACUGUUGAAAUAAAAUCUCAAACAGUA